AUGGGUAUCUCACCGUAUCGUCAUCCACAGGUUGGCCCACUUUUCAGCCGAUCACUCGAAUCUCUUUUCAACCCUAAGGUUACUGUUACGGUCGGUGUUGGUGAAGCGUGGCCGUCUGCCCUUCUGCUUCACAUCGAUGUAUUGCGUGCAAUUGGACGAGGGUACAACAAGCGAGUUAUCGACCGGAUUCUGGCACUCGUUGGAAAUUCCACUCGUUCGGUUGUAAAUGGUGACGUGACGAUGAUAACGAUAGCUAAUGGAGAGAAAAACUCAAGUGAUUCGUUACUAUCGAAAACAUUUGCCCGAGUAAAUGGUGCUGAAAUCAUAUCCAGUGGUCCCCGAACGGUGUUCCCAGUAUGCGAGAGUCCCGCAGAUAGUUCAGCUCUGGAACUUGAUCGCAACACUCACUCACUAGCCAUGCAAUAUCAGAACCGAAGUAGUGGAUCGUUACCACGACGGACUGGCCAUGGGAGUACGUCGCAGUCGCUGCAAGGCAAAUUGCUGUCAUUUCCGUCGUUAAACCUUGCCCCCACCCUUCUGGUUCUUCAUGUUUCUGUUACUUCAAGAUGCUCAGAACAAUUACCUUUUCUCCAGAUCUUAUACGAUUCGAAGCAGUUUCAGAUCGGCAAAGACGGUCGUGUACGUCCAGUGAUCGGCAGUCGUCGGACGGCUAAUUGGGCUUCUGCGUACGAAACCACAUUCCCGGCGAAUUCUGGUCCAGUCACCACAACAAAAAUGCAUCCGCUCAGUGAAGAGGAAGAACGCCAAUGGGCGAAAUCCGUCGACCGUUCCGAUGUCGUUCUGCAAUUUGUCGAUCAUCGCCGAAAUAAAAUCCGACGAUACGUCUCGGAUGUAGCAGCUAGAUUCCCUAUUCCGAUACAAUGUACAGUAGAAGGCUCAAAAAGCUCAAAGCAUCGAAUGAUCGUACACUUCUCCUGCCAAGUUCACAGUGCCUACUGUGCAUUCCAUGACGAUUACAUGUUCGCAUUUAAAACGAAAUUCGCCCCAGUCUGGUUGCAUUUGAUGUUUCUGCAGAUGCAAUCAACGUCAAUCGAAAAUGGCUGCGGUGUUGUGUCACAGUCAUCGGCCCCGUUUCUGACGUUAGCUCGAUGCUGGGAGUGCCUCCCUUCCCGAAUCACAAAGGAACGAGCUUUUGUCACUUUGGUGACAAGCGCUUUUCCGACGGUAAAGGAACAAGAUAAAUUAUUCAAGGAACUCGAAGAGGCCUCGUUUUUCGAUUGUUUCUCCCUUGAUGGACCGUCGAAUCAAUGGAGCUGUUUCAGUUGUUCACAUCCGGAGCGUGUGAAGUCAUUCGUGGAGGACGGUGGAUCGCAACGCGUUCUCGAAGGUCAGUUGAAGGAGAAGAAAGGUCGAUGGCGAUUUUUACGACGAUGGCACACCAAGUAUUUCACGUUGUCCAGUGCGGCACUUACGUACACUUCUGAAGAAGCGAGCGAAUCAAAUGCGAUCGUGCCAGCAAUCGAUCUGCGUUCGAUCCGCUCCGUCAGAUCGCUGAGUCGAGGCCGAAAAAGUCGCAAAUCAUUACGACGAGCGUUCGAAAUAUUCACUUCGGACAACACUUCGGUAGUUUUGAAGGCAACAGACGAGAAGAAGGCGGAAGAAUGGCUACAGUAUCUACAAAUAGCAGUGGCUCAUGCCAGGCGGGACAUCAGCUAA